AUGUCUCUCGACUGUGUUCUUAUCUUUCUUCUACUGUUGACGCGCGCCUUGGGCAACUAUACCAGCACACUGUGGGAGCACCGGUGUGAUCCUGGUUCGGAGAUAUUUGCCUGCACGGUGCCAAACUUCCUGUACAGACCGAAUCAAAACCAUUCAACUUUGACUGUUCCCGAAACGGUGCGCAAAGUACGGCUUGCUUAUCCGACCGAUAAAAUAUUAACACGGCGGGACACCAUCGUAACGUACGACGCAACACUUCACGCUGUCCUGCAUCAUCCGAAAGCAGUUCAAAUUGCUCACACCAUGUUAAAGCGGAUUGUGGUACCGCUCGAUCUAGAGUAUGCGGACUUUCGUGAUAAUUCCAUACAAACAGUGUUCGCACCGGAGGUAAACGGAUCAGUAUAUGCGUUGCGGUAUCUGGAUUUGCGAAACAACGAGUUGGUACAGAUCGAUAGCUUGAGCACGCUGGUGAACCUGGAAACAUUGAUUCUUCACGCGAACCGUAUCAGCGUCCUGGACGGCUCGACGCUCAGUGGUUUCACCAAACUGACCGGGUUAGAUUUGGGUGGCAAUAUGCUGGAAGAGAUUUCUGCCAGCCAUUUGCCGGCCUCGCUCGAAUGGUUAAUAUUGCGCCGUAACAUGUUGUCCGGAUCGGUGGAUUUUGAAGGUGCUCAUCUACCGGCACUGAAGGUGUUGGAUAUACAGCACAACUAUUGCAACGAACUGGAUGUGAGCGUGCUGCUGAAGGUGGCUCCCAACCUUGAUGGAAUAAUGCUUGACGGUAAUUUCAUCACUUCCCAGGAUGGAAAGGUCAUCAUGACAAAUCUGGUGGAUUCUGGAGUUUCGCACGAUGAAUUUGUCCCCAGCGACAGUGAACGCGAUGACAUAAACGAUCAUUAUUAUCACCAGCAGCAGAAGGUUAAGGUGCUGGAGGAUAUCAUUGCCGGUACGCUUGCAGUGGUCAACGUGUGUGUGAUUGGUUGGGGAUUUUACAGAGUGUACAAGUCUAGAGUUAGUAUAGUAACGGAGCCAGCAAGUUGCAGCACCGUUUGA